UCCAUUCGUUAACUCUGAGGCUGAGCCACUAUCCACAGUUCUGCACCAGACAAGGCACGGAUUGGCUGAGAAGUUUCCCAUGUUCUUGACUUUCCCAAGUUUUGACUCUCCUAUUGUUGCUUAUAGCUCCUGUGAUUCAGGAUGGAAUUCAAAGAACUAGGUGGUGAUGACAUCUCCGACGGAGAGACGGAGGGUUUGGACAGCGUGAAGGCGAUCACUGAAAAACUCAAAUUGCAAACACGCAGACCAUCAUAUUUUGAGUGGAAGGAACGAUUGGAAAGCCGGCCUUGGGCAGAGACCGCAGACGUUACAAACAGUGAUGAUACCGAUGAACAACCAAACGUGAUUGAAGUUUCCAAAGAUGAGAAUUCAGAACCAACUGUUCGGAAUAUUUGUGGUUUUGAAACUAUCGACGAUGCACUGUCUUGGCUUCGGAGUGAACUGAGGGAGAUGCAGCUUCAGGAUAACCGGCUGGCCCGGCAGCUUAUCCGCCUGCGAGCGGAGAUCCACCGCAUCAAGGUGGAGCAGGUGUGCCACCGGCACAAGGAGAUGCUAGACGACGCCACCUAUGAGCUGGAGGAGUGCGGUGAGGAGUCCGACCUGCUAUGUGACAUCCCCAUGAAGGCUGCCUUCGCCCUGUCCACGCCGCUCAAGCACCUGGGACUCACCAAGAUGAACAUCAACUCUCGCCGCUUCUCACUCUGUUGAGUGAGAUAGAAUCUGUUGACGAUUCUAAAAAAAAAACUAAAAAAAAACUCUUUUUGUUAUGACUGUGCAGGCUAUGUGUUGUGCUUGGCUGGAUGUGGUAGGUAAGCAUAAAACACAUAAAGCAUCAAUGGACCGAUGACAGAUUGAACAGGAAUUGAAGAGCCAUUAAUACCAUUGAUUUGAGCCAAGCCCUGUUAUGGGAUACUGUUGGUUGCUGAGGAGGUUUUGGCUCAGAUUCUGUCCUUCCGUAGGGCUCCAGUGUCAGAUUGCACAGAUGGUGAGGACAGACUACAGUAGUUGCUCCACAGUAAUGCAAGUUUGGAGAAACAUAUCAGGUCUCACACAACCCCUAUAACUGCUUCACCUAAACACCUAUCAGGUUUAAGCAACUCGUGAUGCACAAUGACAUCCCUAGCAAGCAAGAAAAUAUAACUGCCACUCAUAAAAAAGUCACGUGCACUGGCAAUAACCAGCGUCAUGUGUUCUGGAGAAUGCGUGGGACAAUCGCAGCCGUGCACAAGUUAGAGCUCUGGCGAGAGGACCAGCUCCUGUAAUCGUCAGCGCUCUCCUACAGAGAUGUGGAGAAGCAUGUCGGGCAGGCGCUCACACAGCAGGGAAAGGGAAACAAAAAAAAAUAUGCGCCCUUAUCCAGACCUGGCAGACCUCCCGCAACACCAGUCACACAGGAAGCACGAGGUCGUGGUCCAACAUUCUGUCACUUCUUCCCCAGACACUGAAAAUAGCUGGGAUCGGUAGAGAGGUUAUGGCUGAAGUGAAGGGGAUUGAUGACAGGUUGCGCCCCCCAUGUCUGCUCAACCCAUUUAAUCUGCAUAUCUCUUUGGCUCGUACUGAAGCUUUCCACUGCAUAUACAGUAAGAUGCUGUGAAAUAUGCAGAUCAUUUUACAGCUUUGUAUUUGGUGAGGAAUGCCUUCCAUGCACUUGCAGAAAUGUGGGUGCACCUUUAGUUUAUCAAACAAAGUCACGUGUCAAAAAAGCACACAUUGAAUUAAUCUGGGUUCAGAUGUGCUCACAGAAUGUUUUAGUACGAUCCUUAUGUAAAAUGAUACAGAUGUAUAGGUUGUAUAGUAUCCUCAUGGUAUAUAUUGUAACAUUUUAAAUGUGUUGAAUAUAAUAAUAUUGUGAAAGAUGUCAAAAUUACGAAGAGU